AUGAUUGAAAAUGAGUAUAUUGAGGCUGAGUUCAGGAUAAAAGAUGAAAAAUUUGAUAUUUCCGAGAUUGAAUGUAAAUUAUCUAAAUUUAAUGAAACAACUCUAGAAUACGAUUCUUUCAUAAACACACCAAAUGUUGACUUAUAUUCAUUUAAUAUAGAAAAUUGUAAAUUAUCCUCAUCACACAACACAUUGGAUUUGGAAUCCGAUAUUUGUAAUUUGUGUAUUUUGGCACUCUUUGGCAAUUUUUCACCAGACCAAAACACCCCAAAUCUGUGCAUUAAUGAUGUUAACACUGUUUUAAAUACCCUAUCGCAGUUUACAGGCUCCUUUUCUCUCAUUUAUGUCUCAAUCCAUACUGGGCACAUUUAUAUAUUGAAGGAUAAUUAUGGCUUCAAGUCACUUCUUGCUUCUUUUAACAUUGAAAACAAGUUAAUAACAAUAAGCAACAAAGCAUUGAAUACAAAUGUAUCAUGUUACGAAUUACCGCCCUUCAUAACACUAGUAGUAGGUAAAAAUAUGAAGAUGUAUUUAAAGCCUAAAAGUGAUAUAUACAAGUUGGCAGAGAAAAAAUUUUCUCAGAAUUUUAUAACAGACGACUUGGUGAACAAAGUAAUAAAUAGUAUUCACAAAGAAUUGAUUAAUAGUGUGAAAUCAAUUUGUAAGAUUACAAGACAAAACAAGUGCGUUAGUAUAUUAUUUUCAGGAGGUUUAGAUUCAGCAGUGAUUACAACAAUUACACUGUUGCAAACACAAUUUUCAUACUAUGAACUAAUUAACGUUUGUUUCAAUGACUCAAGUGAUGUUUCUGAGUUUGGAGUGGCACCAGAUAGAAUAACGUCACUACUGAGUUAUGAAGAGUUGGUUAACUUGUUCCCCAAUUUGGACAUUAGACUUGUGCUAAUUGAUGUUUCAAGCGAAGAAUAUGCCAGAAAUGAGUCUGAGAUAUUCGCCCUAACCUACCCAAAUAACACUCACAUGGACCUCAACAUCGGAGCAUCACUGUACUACGCAGGCACUCUGAGAGGAAAACUUCUUUCAAAGGAGUUCUUCAAAUCGCACCACUGGCAACAAUUGAAGUCAAAUGUUUCAAUUUUAAAGUCAAUUAACUUCAAAGUAACCAUUUCCAAGAGGAAUAGUGUCAAAAGUGGGUCAAAGUGUGAAUUAGAUGAAUUAGUGAGUGAAUCAGAUUCAAACAUCGAUUCAACUCAAUUUUUAGAAGAAUUAAAGAAACAUUGCAAAGACUAUGUAUCUGUUACAAGUGAUGUGUUAAUGGGAACGGGCGCCGAUGAGUUAUUUGGAGGUUAUGGUAGACAUGUUUCAGCUAAAAUAUAUGACCAAAAUUCUGAUUCCACAAUUGAUCACAGUUUUACACAAGAAAUCCACAAAGAUAUUCUUAGAUUGUGGAAAAGGAAUUUGGGGCGAGACGAUCGUGUAUUGAAUUUUAGGAAUAUCAGUGCACUCUAUCCAUUUUUGGCAAAUAACCUUGUGAACUGUAUGUUAACUUUACCAUUUAAUCCCGCAGUGAUUGUUGACUUUCUGGACGCACCAGACUGGUUUAAAAGUCUUGGAAUUUACAAGGAAGUUGACCUAAACUUGCUCUUAAAUUCCGAGUUUUUAACUAAUUCUGGCGGUAAAAGUGUGUCAGUAUAUAUUAACAAGUGGAUACUGAGGGAAAUUGCAUAUAUAAACGGUUUGAGGAUGUGCUGUAACUUUAAGAAGAGAGCAAUACAAUUUGGAACUAGAAGCGCCAAAAUAUUUAAUAAAUUACAUAACAUGUCGAAUCGACAUGCUUCCAAUAAAGGAUCUAAUAUACUCCACUAUUAUAUAUAUAUAGUUGUGUAUAUUAGUAUAUAA